AUGACUCUUUCCACAUCCUCCAGUUCACAGUGUGCUCGGAUUCGUGCCCAGGUGUCGCACGCGAGGCAUCCACCAUCCAGAAACAGCUCAAGUGCAUAUGUGAUAACGAGGGUUCUCCUUGAGCAGCAGGUAAAGGCUCCGGAUUCCGAGUUCGACCUCACGUUUCUACACUCCAAGGACCAAGUCAUGGCACUCUCAGCGAUCGAUAUUCUCAACGACGAUAUUCUCCUCAUCAUCCUUUCCUACCUCCAGCAGCGAGACCUCUGUGCCUUGUCGCUCACCUGCAAACACUUCCACACGCUUUCCUCUCCAGGGAUUUGGAAAGCCGUUUCGACAACAUGGGCUUUCUUCAUCUCCCGGUCUCAUGAGAAUAUCUACACCAAUGCUCAUUAUGUUCGUGAGAUAGUGAUCUAUGUCCACAACAACGCACCUCAGGUCUCCGAUAUCUUGUUCGCAACCAAAAACAUCCGUUCCCUCAAUAUAGCCUAUCUAUCCCUCCUCUCUGACGACCCGCGUUUUUCUAGAGCUCUCUCAAGGCUGGGCGAGCUCCGGAAGCUCUCUUGCCAUUGUGUCGAUGACAAAAUGUUGCCGACGAUCCAAAGCAUCCCCUCUCCCAAUCUCACAAGCCUCAGUCUAGGCCAUAAAGGCGCUCCCGUCGUCCUCCCCUCCCUCAUAUCCGUCAUUAGAUCCUUCCCUCGCUUGUAUACUCUCAUUAUAGAGGUCCUCAAGAUUACCAGCGCGGUCGACAUCACUAGCCACCCGCCAUUCGCCUCCAUCCAGCAGCUCACCCUCGACAGGGUCACCGAACCUGCGACAGAUCUCAUUUACCUCUGUCCGAACCUCGCUUCCCUGGACCUUGGUGUCGACUACACUAGCCAAAGGGACCCUCGCCGAUCCCUACAGAGAUGGCGCCCCUCGCCAAUCCCUCGACUCUCUCUCACGGUUCUGCGCAUGCAGGACAGAGACACCAUAGUCUCGUUGCUGGAACAACGAGCCUUGCGCGCGGCACACGUUCGAUUCGCCAUGCUAUGGAAUUUCACGGAAGACGGUAUUUCGCUCAGGAAGGGCGAAGGCACGUCGCGACUCACGCGCGUUCUCGACGUGCUCAAGCCGCACUCCCUCCGCCUGGAAAUAGCGGCGAUGUCGGGCGCCGAGCCGUCUGGCCCCAUGGGAAGUCUCUGGCAAGAGGUCGCCGCGGUCGCGCCGCACCUGCGCGCGCUCGUGCUCUUCGUAGACUCGCUCGGCGGCGGCGGUACCGAGGACGGAGGGUGGCCGCGGAUAUGGACGCCCCCGGAAGCGCUCGAGGCCGAGCUCGCCCUACUCCCGUUCGUCUGCGUCCAUCUCGAGCUCGAGAUGGACUCAGACUUGUUCUAUCAGCGGCCGGGGGACGGGUCGGAGCACCCACGCCUCCGCGCGCUCGCCGCGUUCCCCGGGAAGCUCGCCGCGGCGAUCCCCACACUGCGCGUCGUGGGCGUGUCGGACGAGUGGCGCAAGUUGGGGGGCUUGCGGUCCACGCAGUGGUGGCGCGUCGAGCGCGGCGAAGACGGCGGCGGCGACGCGUCGGCGUCCCGCGGCUGA